AUGCCCGAUACAAAUACAACAACAAAACGCGGCCUAGUCUCCUACGGCCCCUACAACACCGGCGGAUGGAAACUGCAAAACCUCACGCCCCGCCCCCUCCAACAACGAGAAUUGCUCGUCGAGAUAGUCGCGUCGGGAAUAUGCCAGACGGAUCUGCAUUUCGCGGGCACAGAGAGUGGGUUUGGGGUUCAUUAUCCCCGGAUUAUGGGGCAUGAAGGAGCCGGAUACGUUCGAGAAGUCAGUCCCGGGACACAAGGAGCUAAACCCGGUGAUGCUGUUAUCUUGUCAUUUUCAGCGUGCAAGAGCUGUGAACCGUGUCAUCGGGGGCAUCCGGCGCAUUGCUUCAAUUUUAAUGCGAUUAAUUUUGAUGUUGUUCCCGAGAACUAUACGUUCAAGGAGGAGCGGUCCAAUGAGGCAGACGGGUAUAAUAUUUACGGGAAAUUCUUCGGGCAAUCAAGUUUCUCUAGUUGGUCUAUUGUCCGGGAAGACUCUGUCAUCAACGUCUCUGAUAUCGUCCACACAAGGGAAGAACUGCAGCUUCUCUCGCCACUAGGCUGUGGUAUUCAAACCGGAACUGGGGUUAUCAUCAACGCCGGUAAUGCGACACCCGAAGACCGGGUCGUGGUACUUGGUCUGGGUGGUGUCGGGCUAAGCGCAGUCAUGGGCGCCAAGGUCGCAGGCUGUAAGCAAAUUAUCGGAAUCGACCGACACGAGUCGCGACUUGAACUAGCUAAGGAACUUGGUGCCACUGAUGUCGUCAAAGUGAACGGACUAGAAAAUACCGCUGCUAUAACAGAGGCAGUGCGGGGAAUGACUAGAGGCCUGGGCGCGAACAUCACGCUAGACACAACCGGUGUACCCGCGUUAAUCGCGGAAGGAACACGAAUGACCGGGUUCAAGGGGAAGAUCAUGCAAGUCGGGACUGCUCCCGAGGGCACAACAUUGUCAAUCCCCAUUCAUGAAUUCAUGGUCACAGGAAAGCAAUUCAUGGGCGUUGUCGAGGGCGACGUGAAUCCGCAGGAGUACAUCCCGAGGAUGAUUCAGUGGGUGAAGGAUGGGAGAUUGCCGUUAGAAAAGAUUGUCAAGUUUUAUCCGGCUGAGAAGUUUGAGAGGGCUAUUGGGGAUAUGCAGUCCGGCCAGACUAUUAAGCCUGUUAUCUUGUGGUAG